UUAUUUUUUAUUAAUUCCAAUCAUUUAUUUCAUUUAUUUUGAAGCACUGAUUAGGAACCUCCCAUGCCACCCCCCUUGUGUUGCUAGGGAUAGAAGAUGUGGUCCUUCCCUCAGGAAGGGGCCAGUGUGCUGAAUUUUAAAUAGCUGGUUGCCCUGGGACCCGAGCUUUAGACGUGUGCCUUUGCUGAGUGAGGUCACGUGGGUCUGUCGGCCCCAGCAGAGCCCUCCGGCCUCAGUGGAUCAGGCUACAUCCUCACACUUAUCGGGAGUCAGCACCCAGGGCCCUGCUGGCCAUGGGACCAGCCUGCCCAGGACAGAGACUCCACACAGCCUGCUCCCGGGACCCCGUGCUCAGCUGACCUUGUUCUGGACGCUGGCUUAAGAGCGGGCCAGAAUGAGAUGCAAAGAGGGGCUGGACUCCGCCUUCCACACACAGCAGGCUGGACACUUCCUCCCACAUAAAAAAUGAAGGGAAGGGGCGUUUGUACGAGGUUGGCAGGAGGCAGAAUUCCAGCUGGGGGAGGGUUCUUCUUCCUGCAGACUGAGCGUCUCAGAUCUGUGACAAGAGCUAAUUUUAGAAAAAUGAUGCUUCAAAGAAAAUGACUCCCGUGGCCUAUUAUGAUACACGAGUGCCUCGCUAGAACUAACACAAACAUUUUUAUCAUUUCAACAUUAAAAUAUCAAGACUGAGGAUUAUGCAGGCAGCGUGCACACGCGUGCACGCACACAUAUACACACACACAGAAAAAACCCACAGGAGUUUCUCAGGCUCUCAGGAAACCUGGUUGGCUGGUGCUCGCGGCACGCACAUCCAUCAAAGUGUAUUUAAAAGGAAAGUCUCUAUUCAGGAAAACCGGUGGUGAAGCUCGUGGACUGCGGGCGUGAGGGGCACAUCAUGAAGGGGCACGGCCCAGACUGACCUCGCUUCGCCCGUGGAGGGAAGGAGACCCGGCCGCAGUAAACCUCGCUGCGCUGUGCUGUGUGGCAGCAGCAGCGCUCGCAUUUCAUAAUUGCGUCUGACAACUGGUGAUAAAUUGUGCCCUCUGCGAAGUGUGGUUUCCUUCAGAACUGAAGAGAAUUUCAGCACCCCGUGGCCUGAGGAGAAGACGAGGAAUGCGGCCCCUUCCUUGGCUGGGGCCUCCGUGUCAAGCUCGGGGCACACUGCCUGCCGCAGCAGAGCCCUCCGAGUGCGUGCCCUCCAGCGCACGGCGGGGUGAUUUUGCCUGCAGAAAUAGAAGCAUCCUGGAUACUGGGCGACAGGGACAAGACGCGGCAGAAGAGCUGGGGAAGGAACGGUAGCGGCAGCAGACAGCAUGCGAAGGGCAUCGGCGCCUUCCCGCUGCCAGGCCAGAACUUUAGAAUUGAAAGCCCAGUGCGUCUGGCGUGUGGAUCGUCUCGCCCAACCUCUUCCCAGGGGAGCAAUGGCACAAACUCGACAGCCUGGAUCACUUCAACAACUAUCCCAGACACGCUAGGAGUCUGGUCAGGGAGCACUUCCCAUGGGCGCCUGGGGACAGGUGAUUUGCCUGUCGGGCCUCUACCACCCCCGGUGCCAUUUAUAUCACAGCAGCCGGGGGCAGCAAGUGUGGCGGGUGACUUUGCUUGAGUCAUAUCGUCAUACCUCUAACGGACUGUAUUAGGGAAAGGAUGCUUUCUGUUGCCAGGCCACCCCUUCCUUCCUGUAGAUGGUGUGGGCCUUCCCGGAAGAGGACAGGUAUGCCGGGCUCCAGCACUGGGCAGGUCCCCGCCUCUCUGUCCUGGAUUUGCUGCAGAUCUGCUGGUGCUGGAGACCCAUGCCCUCUGGAGGAGUUUCUGGAGUGUUCUGCUAGCACAGGAUGUGCGGCUGCCUGGACAUGAAUCCGUGUGGCGAAAUGUUCCCUGGCUCGUGAGAGGAAGGCUGCAGCUCUAGAAGCCCCAGCAGAGGCUUCCGGAUGACGGAGCCCAAGCCUGGUCAUGAGUGCAGGCGGGACCCACUGCUUUCUGUGAUCACUGAGUCAUAUCCCGCUGCAUUGUGCCUCACAAGGAGCCAGGAUGGGAGCCGCACCCCUCUGCAGGGCUCAGGCGGUGCACAAGCCCCUCUGUCCGCCUCCUGAAGAACCAGCCAUCCGGGACUCUGGGCCCAGGCUGUCCUUUUCUUUCUGCUGUCCCCAGCCAAGCUCUCAUUACCCCUCCCCAUCAUAGCUACUACCUCUCCCAGAAGAUCGAGCCGCCCUCUCCUCAGGAAACGAGGCACAGGCACACAGUGAGGACAGCAUCUCGUCAGCAGCAGCCUUUAAGGAUUCCUGAGCAGGUGCCCCUCUCAGCAGGUCCCCUCGGCUCCUUCCCAGCAGCUCAGUUUGGUUUCUGUUGUUUCACCUCUCUCCAUUCUGCACACACUUCACCUUGUCUCUCGAAUGCUGGAGGCAUAAGCUCGCUUUCCUUCUCCAGGAGUACAGGAACCCAGGUGAUGACAAUUCCCAGCUCCAGCGGGCGGGCGUUCUUUAAAUCUGUGGCUGCAGCCUGGUGCGGUACAGUGGUCCUUCCCAGUGCCUGAAAAUCUCCGGGGAUUUUCUGAGUGAUAGACGGUGCCUGCUGUCCUAGAGCGGGGACUCAUCUAGAUCCACGGACAGCUUCCGGUUGGGUGCUGAUCCCCAGAAAGACCAUCCGAGUGAAAUUCCAGGGUUGCUCCUUGGGCCAGCCUGGCCUCAAGGCAAGAGAGGUGGCCCAGAGACGGUGGGGUUCAGUCAGGUGACCACCAAGUGUUGCAUUCCUGCCCACACAAUGAAACACCAGUAAAACUCUGAUGCCAGAGCUGAGCUAAGCCUCCUGGUUGGCAGCUUUGGUUGUGCCAGGAGGGGCAUGUGCCCAGAUCCCAAAUGUCCCUUCCAGACCUCACCCAUGUGCAACCUGUGCCACUUAGCAUUGACUGUCCACCCAACUGCACUGACCUCACCUAGGGUUUAGCUCUGUUGUGCGGAAUGUGUCCUCCGGAGGAGCAGCAGCUGGAGUGGUCAGGAGGGCUUAGCUCAGGGGCUGUCUGUGCCCCUGGCUCCUUCCUGUCAGUCUCUUUCCCCGCUCCCAGCUUCCCACGAGCUGCUUCCCGUGACCACACCUUCCACCAUGUUUCUAUCUUGGAGCUGACCUCUGAAACAUACGCUGAUAAAGCUCUCCUGCAAAUUGGAAUUCUGACAGUUGGGGAUUUUGUCUCAGCAACAGGAAAGCCUAUACCUACGCUUUAUGACAAAAAGGUAUUCCUAAGUAUUACACUCCCCUAACUGCUGUUAGUCUUUCCAACCUCUGACCAAAGCUGAAGAGGUCCACAGGAACCUCCUAGACUGCGGGCGGCCUGGGGACCCCACAGGUGGUUGGCAUCGGCAGCAAGGGUAGUCUUGGGGGUGACAGCACUGCCGGUGGAUCUGGUGUCACAGUUACCUUCACUGGGGUGGAAACAGAAGAGCUGUUAUUACGAGUGAUUUUCCAACUUCUGUUAGAUAUCUUGAAACACUGGAACGUGCGUCUAGCCCUUCUUGCUGGCAUCUCGGCUGAGCACCUGGCUCCUGUGUGGCCAGGUCAGGCAGGUGGUGUCCAGGCGUCCCCACCGCCUGGGCUCUGAACACUGGCACGCUCAUCACUGAGUCCCAGUGAGACACCGCAGAGUGGCUGAGCGAGUACUUAGAACCUUGGACAGCUUUGGACACUGCUGGCGCAUUCGGGCACAGAAGGAAAUGCGAAGAUACCAGACAGCGAGGACUUGGGGAGGGAGGACCCUUUACCACAGACAGCAGGAGGAGCCUAAUUUAGGAAGUAGAACUUCAGCUGGUAGGAGGAGCAGAUGGGCUAUGAAUUUAGAGUUAAAAGCGUGAGCCUAGAAUCAAGCAGAUGGGUUUGCAUUUUCUGUGGCCUGCUAUCUCCGAAGCUUUGAGUUAAACCUCUCUGAGCCUCGGUUUCCUCAUCCGGAAGCUGGAACAGCAGUGGUCCCAACCUUACUAGAUGCUGAAGAAACCAAAGGAGAUAGCCCCAGACGUGUGUAAGGACAGGCGCACAGGAAGUGAGCCGCUGCCACUGCUUCUCCCAGCUCACUUCCUGCCGCUGGUGCCCCUGUGCUGGCUGCAGCGGUAGAAGGGUGACGUGUGAGGCACUGCUGAGGUCCACGGGCACACACUGGCAUGACACACGCUGGAAAACACGGUCACCGGUGCGCUGUUGCAUUCGGUGUCACCGGGGUCCCCUGGCGCUGGGGAGAGGCAUCCUGAGUCAGACCUGGCUGUCACUCCCCAGAAUAGAUGCGCAGAGGCGCUCCUGGGGCACAGCCGGCCCAGACCCUCAGGAGGACGACUCAGGCGAGGUGCUUUGCCAGAUGGGGCUCUGGGGAUGCUCACGAGAGCGCUUGCCUGUCGGGUGGCCCCGUGGGUGGCUUGGGGGGCUCACCCGAGUCAGGAGCAGACCCUCAGGUCCCUGGGGCACCUGCUGGGGGUUCUUCUCUCGCGGGACUCCGCAGGGACGGGAGACCCUGGCUGGAGCAGUCCAGAGAUGUCCGAGUGACCCGAAUUCGGCCACCCCGCUUGCUUUGGCUUCUGCUACCCCUAAGCACCCCACGCUGGUGUCCACGCGGUGGCUAACCGCAGCUCUCGCCUGUCUUUCAGGUUCCUCGGCCUCCCGCUGCCGCCCCGGGCCCGGCGCUGACCCCAGGGCUCUGCCAUGAAACCACACCUGAAGCAAUGGAGGCAAUGCAUGCUCUUCGGGAUAUUUGCGUGGGGGCUCCUCUUCUUGGCGAUCUUCAUCUACUUCACCGACAGCAACCCCGCUGAGCCCGCGCCCAGCGCCCUGUCCUUCCCGGAGACUCGGAGGCUGCUGCCGGCGCAGGGCAGGCAGCGCGCCAUCAUGGGCGCCGUGGGGGGCGCAUUCCCAUGACGCCGUGCUGAGGUUUAACUCCGCUCCCACGCGUGGCUAUGAGAAGGACGUUGGAAACAAAACCACCAUCCGCAUCAUCAACUCCCAGAUUCUGACCAACCCCGGCUAUCACUUCAUUGACAGUUCUUUGUAUAAAGACGUCGUUUUGGUGGCCUGGGACCCGGCUCCCUAUUCCUCCAAUCUCUACCUGUGGUACAAGAAGCCAGAUUACAACCUGUUCACUCCGUAUAUUCAGCACCGUCAGAGAAACCCGGCUCAGCCGUUUUACAUUCUGCACCCAAAGUUUAUAUGGCAGCUGUGGGACAUUAUCCAGGAGAACACGAAGGAGAAGAUCCAGCCCAACCCGCCAUCCUCGGGGUUCAUCGGCAUCAUCAUCAUGAUGUCCCUGUGCGACGAGGUGCACGUGUACGAGUACAUCCCGUCCGUGCGGCAGACGGAGCUCUGCCACUACCACGAGCUGUACUACGACGCAGCCUGCACGCUGGGCGCCUACCACCCUCUGCUCUUCGAGAAGCUCCUGGUGCAGCGCCUCAACGUGGGCUCACAGGCCGAGCUGCACCGCAAGGGCAAGGUGGUGCUGCCCGGCUUCCGGGCGGCUCAGUGCCCCGAGCCCAGCUCCCGAGACGCACGGUCUUAGCAAGGCACCUCGGCAACCCACGUGCAGUAAGGCACUUCCUACUGCCGCCCCCGGAGUCCCAGAGAAUACUUGAAGCUAGAUCCUGGACAGUGUCGUGUGGCAUCUUGAGCUGUAAUGUAGGCGGCCAUGAGAAUUCUUCUCUCCCAAGCCAUUGAAGGUUUUUUAGUACUUUGAGUAUAGAAAUGGAAUUUUAAAUAAAACAUUCAAACAGAAGCAAGCAAAAAACAGAAAACCACAGGUCCAGUACCUCAAAAGUGCUGGCAUGCUUAGGUCAGGGCCACCUUUGUCGGGGUGGCUGGGGCUACGUGCUUCACUGAUGCUGGUGACCCAAGGGCUUCUGCCUGGAAACAUCCCCACAGAGGACAGUCAUCUUAGAGACCCUCAGUUCUCUGGGGAAUGUGCCUUGUCAAGCAGAUGCAUUGGACAGCAGAAAUCUCCGGAUGGGUUAGGCCGACGAGUUCCCAGCCUCGCAUCCCAUCUCUGCUUCCCCUGCUGGCCCAGCGCUUUGCUCCCUGGAUCAGGACCAAGUUCCUGGCCUCUUCUGGGCGGCCUUCCUGCAGGAUUUUACCAGCUGCUGCGAGCCUGACAGCUGAUUCUUCCCACUAAGUGUUUCAGAAUCCAGUCCUGCUUUUCACAGGUGUGUUUUCUGUCAGCAGCAUGACAAAGCCAUAAAAUUAAAUAAAAACGUGUGAUAGCAUUGCUCUUUAACCAGGAAGAUCCAUGCCUGUUCAGGUGGAGAGGCAGGCAGGGUGACACUCAUACCAGCCUGGUAGCGAUACUGAGGUUUAUAACCUCAAAUUCUGCUACUGCAUCAGCAAUUUAUGGUGGUGCAACAGAAACAUUUUAAAUAUCUUAAUUAAACAUGUUGUUUUCAAACCAGAACAUUUCUCAGUGGCACAGUUCAGACUUAGAGCAGUGAGGAGAGCAGUCAGUUAGAGGCAGUCUCCCUUGUAAGGCGUGUGACUGGCGGGAGAGGCUACUGUAAAGGCCGUCUUGUUUCUGGACUGGUUUGUUGCAGUGCCCUCGGGGCGGAGGCCUUCCUUGAGCAAGGACAGUUUCCUGAGACCCCAGCUUCUCCUUGGUUAUUCUCCUCCGCACUCACAGGUGCCCCCGCUCCCCCACAGAAGUGGGAGCAACUGGAAAGUCUCCUUCUGUUUAUCGAUAUUACCUAAUAAAGGUCCCCCAAGGAGUGUCCUUGCAGAGUCAGUGAGCGGGGUGGAUGGUUUUCUCUUAUGUGUUAAAUUGUCUGAGCAGAUGCCACCCCGCCCUGCUUCUCCCUGAUUUCCUGAAAGAGCUGGGCUCCAUCCUCACUGGCAUGGCAGAAACUUCCCAGCUCUGGAAGGAGGCGGCCAGGAGGGGCUCACGGGAUGCGCUGUCCUCGAAGCCAGGGAUCCUUCCAGGUCUUCCAUGCUCUGCCAUGUUAAAUACCCACGGUGUCUUCCAAGUGGACGCGCCGUCAGGCCUCCUCGAAUCUGGCACAGCCCCCUUUGGCCGAUGAGAAUUGGGUUAGCAAAUGAUUGACUGGGGUCGGUGUGGUUGUUCAAAUUCAAAGGCUCCAAAAGAGAUUUUUAAAUAGCAUUGUGUCAUAGAGCCUGCACUCACAAAGGAGUGCUUUCAGCUUCACAGUUACAAGAAAGACUGAUGAGCAUAAAGCAAAUUUGAUUAAAAUCUGUAAAUUCUUCUCGGCCUUAAAGAGUGCCGGGAGUCGAGUCGGUGGGACAUAGCAGGGUGCGGCGCACAGGUCCGCACAGCCCUGGAUGCGCGGUCUGCGGUGGGGAAGUUCAAGGCGCUCGGCCUCACAGACGCCUCUGCUGUGCGUCAGUCGCUGUGCGCGCCUCCCUGUGCUCCCUGGUCCCGAGGGGCUGCGUUUGGGCAGACGUUGGUUGACUUCUGUGUGCACAGCGCUGAGCUCCAGCAGACACGCGGCCUUCCGAGGAGUGGUCAGCAGUGAGGGACCCAGCUCCUCCACACCUCUGCUUCUCCGGGACACGCUGUCCAGUGGGGAGAGGUGCUGAGGACACCCUCGCCUCCCUUGUGAGGGCCUCGGGCCGCUCUGCACCCCAGCACCGGCCGGCAUCCCGUUCCCCUGUGGUGCAAGGUCAUUGGAGACGUUGUCUCUGUCUUGGUGGAGGUGGACCAAAGGAACCACCUGCGCUUCAGCUGACCCAUCAGGUUCUCCCACUUGUCCCUUUGGGGUGGGAGACCACGGCCAGGGCCAGCCUGGCGUCUGAGGGAUUAAGUGGGAUCCGUCUUACAUGGCGGAGAGUGUCACAAGCCCCAGUGAAUGAUCAGAGUCCUCCAGGUCCUCAGCACUGGACAGUGCAGGCUGAGGGUGCUGGUCCUCUUCUGCUUAGGGAUGACAGACAAAGGACAUGGAGUGGCUGGGGGCUGGGGGCUGGGGGCUGGGGGCAGACACCCUGCGCCCUGGGUUGUUUCCGUUCUGACCUUCUGAUGGUGCGGACUCACCCUGUGCUACACAGCGGGCGCAGUGAGCUCCUUUUGGAAACUAACGACUUGGUAGCGCACACCUGAGGUUCAGCUUGGCUUUAAUACUCUGGAUGUUUCCAUUGUGAAAUUAUUCUGCACGAUUCAGUCACCUGGGCAUUAUUUAAAUACUUGGUAAGUGAAAGGGAUUCCUCUGAUAGCUCAAGGAAAUACUGUAAAUUCUGAUUCUUGUUUUAUUAAGUGAUUGGAAUCUUUUAGUAAGAGGAAAAUAAUCCAGUCUAUUCUGUACAAGUUUAGGUUACUGAAAUUUGAAGAAUUCAAGACAUUGAUAUAGUAAGAUUCUUACUCUUAGUAUAAAAGUGUGCAUGUAGAUAUAGUUAUAUAAUUGUAUAUAUACGUAUCUACACACAUGGUUGGUUUUAUAUCGUCUUUUUCAUUAACUUUUAUGAUGUAACCUUUACAGUAAAAUUUUUAAAUUAUGCAAACACUAAUUUUUUAAGAGAAAGAAACAAAUGUUACACAUCCUUCUAUUAAAAAUGUGGCUUUGCACUCCCUCCAUACACAUUCUACCCUUAACUAUGGUAAACGAAAAGCCUAACAGAAAUAUUUUAAAGGCCCUAUGAAGGUAGGAUCACUACCUAACAUUGGAUCUUCAUAGAACCCUGAUUGUAACUCUGAACUCCAGUUUAUCACUAGCUCGUGGCUUUUAUAAGAUUGGGGGAAGAAACAUUUAUUGGUUCUGUGGAAAAUAGCCUAAUUGCGUAAAUGCGUUGGUGUGAUAAAGUCUAGCAUUUAUAACAUGCAUCCUGUUUUGCUCUGGAUAAAAUACUUACAAAAUCCUUCCAGUGGAAACCAGUGAACUUUUGUAACAGCUUUAGGAAUUUUUUUGUAUGAUAAUUUUUAAACUGAAAUGUGUACCCUUCCAUUUAAUUAAGGCUUAAGGUUUUCCAGAAGUUGCAUUUUAGAAGUGUUUGUACACAUUUUAACACUUUGGUAUUUUCUAUUUUGGUUUUGUAUAUUUUUAUGUGUACACAGUGUACAGGCUUUUCUUGUAAAUAAACAUGUUUUCAUUUGUGUA